AUGCCAUCUUCCACCGUAGAACAGUUAUACGCUUUCCAUGCCAAAGAUAGAGAGAUAUUCUCCAAAUUGGUCCUAACAUUUUCGAGACUUCCAUCUGAGUCACUUCUUGUUAUGGCUACAUGGUUCUGGCUCGAAGACUUUUGGUAUGGAAACAUCAUGUCGAUCGUCUACGCUCUUCCAGAUCCAGUCGUUGAAGCUCUCGUCGACGAGGCCGUCUCAUGCUUCCAGUGCGUGGAUUCGAAUGAACCACCCUAUAGCUUCAACAAAAUCCCUCUCACCGCCAAACUCCUGAAAAAAGACAUUUCUCUUCUCUCGAUCUACAAACAUCGCUACACCGCCAUCGCAGGAAUCAAAAACUUCUUAACUACAAUUUGUUCUAGGGUUUUUUCUGAUAUCCUUCAACAAGUUGUUCCGUAUUCUUCACCAUGCUUUGUUAACAAAUUUCUCCAUCCUCUAAUUAUUCCCGGAUUUCCUCAUCCGACUUUUGGAAGCAUCAACGUCAUGCCUGAUUUCGACGUUGGAGAUAAUAUUAUCUCAUCCAACAACUUAUUCAUCUUUCCGAGUGGUAUUUGGAGGUGGAACGCUAGUAGCAUCGCGACCGAAAAUGAUCGGACUAUGUUUAUAACGUUUUCACGCGGAUUUCCUGUUUCGCAUGCGGAGGUGAAGGAACUCUUCACCAAGAUUUUUGGAGAAAAUUGCGUUGUGGGAAUUUACAUGCCAGAGAACAACAACACAAGCUCCCCAAACACAGACGAGUCUUGCAAUGGUCAACAACAAAAGUUAUUUGCGAGGCUGGUUUUGGACUCGGUCACUACUGUGGAUCGCAUACUUGAAGGCCAGAAGAUUAACAAGUUUAAGAUAAAUGGGAAGCAUAUUUGGGCUCCUGAUGAAGAGAGGCCUCCGCUUGAAGAUGAUGUUGACUUUGAAGGUAGCAAGAUGGAGGAAGUUGAUUAG